CUUGCCUACUCAGGCGUCAUGGAGCUAAAUGUGGUAGCCAUCAUCUUCAUCAACUGUCCAACAUACAUAUCCCAGAGUCUGUAGAACCCAAUUGUGCACCUGUACGAGACCGAUCGUCUCAGCACCGUCCAAAUAUCGCUAUGCCGCCGACCGUCGUGCUCAUCCGCCAUGCCCAGGCGUUGCACAAUGUUGAUGAGGACUGGAACAUUCAUGACCCUGAUCUGUCUUCUCUUGGAUUGGAUCAGUGCCAGGAACUGAAGGAAAACCUCUCGCGUCGUUUCGCCGAUGAGAGUAAUGCCAUCAUCAUCGUCAGUCCCAUGAGGCGCACGAUCCAGACAGCCCUUCUCUCGUUGGACUGGCUGAUCAAGAAAGGGGUGCCGAUUCAAGCCGACGCUCGAUGGCAAGAAAACUCUGCGAAACCAUGCGACACAGGCAGCACUAUCGCGGAUUUGAAAGUCGAAUUUCCUAGUAUUGACUUUUCUACUGUAGACCCUAUCUACCCCCAAAAAACAUCGCUUGCCGGCGCCCAAUAUGCUUUUAACAGGGAAGCAAUACUCGGCCGAGGUCAGUCAGGCCUGCAGAGCAUCUAUGAACGCAAGGAGAAGCUUGUUUUCGUUGUCUCCCACUCAGGGUUUCUCCGCGCCGGCGUGACGGGUUAUUGGUUCUUCAACGCCGACUAUAGAAUCUUCGAAUUUGAGAAGAGCGGGGCGCCAGGGAGUCCUUUACAGCUCCUGCAAGCUGAGUCGACUCUAAGUGGUGGUCUUGGCAAAUCAAGGACGGAACCUGUAAUCAUCGGCUCUGAAUUGCCGCCGGCCUCGCAGACUCCCCCAUAAGCCUAGUACUUGAAGCACGAGAUGUCAUGUGUUGUCAGAUGGCCUCUGCCAAAAAAGGCAGUACAUAGACUACUCUAAGACAGCGCGAUGUUUCAUUCACAUGACCCGAAAAGAAGGUCUGGGGCUCCUCGCGGGUUGAUACUGCAACAAAGGAGAGCAGACAUCAUCCAUGCCAGACGUGACCAUAGGCGCUGGGACAUUGGGAAGAGUCUUGACGAGAACAGAUCUCUUCUCACUGGCCAAAGUUCUCCAGAUAAAAGGGGCCA